AUAAUCGGCGGCAGAAAUUGUCACCGAAAACACGUCGAAGACGGUUGAUCUCAAUCUCAUCAUUUCUAUUUCCCAAAAUACCCCUUACAUCUUUCUUCAUCUACUCUACUACUAUUACUUUAGUUUGUAAAUAUUAGCCAAGCCAUUAAGCCAAGCCAUGAGUGAAAAAGAAAAGGAUUCAAAUUCUAAUUCAAAUUCUCAUUCGGGUCUUCUAGAUGGAAAAUACGAGCUGGGUCGAGUUCUGGGUCACGGAACAUUCGCGAAGGUUUAUCACGCUAAAAAUUUAAACACAGGAAAAAGCGUUGCGAUGAAAGUGGUUGGAAAAGAGAAAGUAAUAAAAGUUGGAAUGAUGGAACAAAUCAAAAGAGAAAUAUCCGUUAUGAAAAUGGUGAAACACCCAAACAUCGUUCAACUUCAUGAAGUCAUGGCUUCAAAAUCAAAGAUCUAUAUAGCCAUGGAACUCGUUCGUGGCGGCGAGCUUUUCAACAAAGUAGUUAAAGGCCGUCUUAAAGAAGAUCUCGCUAGGGUUUAUUUUCAGCAGUUAAUCUCAGCCGUUGAUUUCUGUCACAGUCGUGGUGUUUACCACCGCGAUCUUAAACCGGAAAAUCUUCUCCUCGACGAAGAAGGUAAUCUCAAAGUCUCUGAUUUUGGACUCUGUACUUUCUCUGAACAUUUGAGACAAGAUGGACUCUUGCAUACUACUUGUGGUACUCCGGCGUAUGUUUCCCCGGAGGUUAUAGCCAAAAAAGGCUACGACGGUGCUAAAGCUGAUAUUUGGUCUUGUGGUGUUAUUCUUUAUGUUCUUCUCGCUGGUUUUUUACCUUUUCAAGAUGAUAAUUUGGUUGCUAUGUAUAAGAAGAUUUAUAGAGGUGAUUUCAAAUGUCCACCUUGGUUUUCUUUGGAAGCUAGAAGGCUUAUUACAAAGCUUCUAGAUCCCAAUCCGAAUACAAGAAUCACUAUAUCCAAGAUUAUGGAAUCUUCUUGGUUUAAGAAACCGGUUCCCAAGAACAUGGCAAUUAGGAGGAAGGAGAAGGAGGAGGAGGAAGAGAAGGGGUUUCAUUUGGAGUGUGAAAAUGAUAAAUUUAAGCAACAACCUACCACGAUGAAUGCUUUUCAUAUUAUAUCUUUAUCGGAAGGUUUUGAUUUGUCUCCAUUGUUUGAGGAGAAGAAGAGGGAGGAGAGGGAGGAGAUGAGGUUUGCUACGGCGGGGACUCCGAGCAGAGUGAUAUCCAAAUUGGAACAAGUUGCCAAAGCUGUCAAGUUUGAUGUCAAGAGUAGUGAUAUGAAGGUCAGGCUGCAAGGACAGGAAAGAGGUAGGAAAGGGAAAUUGGCUAUUGCCGCGGAUAUUUACGCCGUGACGCCGUCGUUUUUGGUGGUCGAGGUCAAGAAAGAUAAAGGUGAUACUUUGGAGUAUAAUCAGUUCUGUAGUAAAGAGCUUCGUCCUGCUUUGAAAGAUAUUUUCUGGACUUCUACUGAGCCACCAGCUGCUUGAAAUUCACCUCCUUCACUAAUUGUUGUUUAGAAGGAGGAGCUUCAUGUUAUUAUUAAGACAUGAGUUUGAGAUUUG